AUGGCUUCAAACAGUCUGUUCAGCAGCAGCAGCAGCAGCAGCGGCGGCCCCACGCUGUACUGGGAUUCUGUAGUGAAGCGUCGGCCAACACCAUCGCCCACGAACCUCCAACUGGAAGAACAGGAGGUGCGGAGCCUCCACCAGUGCAGCACAGCGCCCCCCAGAGGCCUGGUACAGACUGACAGCCCAAACUUCCUCUGCAGCAGCCUGCCCCAGCACUGGAGGUGUAACAAGACCCUGCCGAGAACCUUCACUGUGGUUGCCCUGGGUGACGACGUGCCAGAUGGUGUGGUUGUCACAGUGAUGGCUGGCAACGACGACAACAGCAGCGCUGAGCUGCGCAACGCCACAGCAACCAUGAAGCAAGGUUGCGCCCAAUUCAACGACCUCCGCUUCAUAGGCCGCAGCGGGAGAGGCAAGAGUUUCACCGUCUCUAUCAAUGUGCUGACCUCGCCCCCUCAGAUCGCCACCCUACACAGGGCCAUCAAGAUCACUGUGGAUGGGCCGCGACUGCCUCGACGACAAAGGCAGAAGGAGGUGAAGUCAGGAGUGUUCAGGCCGUCCAGCAGAAGCGCCACAUCAUCAGACUCUAGAUCCUUCACCUCCUCUCUGUGGACCAAUGAACCAUCGUUCUUGGGCCACGUGACCUCUCUGACCUCCUCCUUCACUCCAACUCCCAGAAUGCACCACCUGCCCACCCUCCCUUACACCACCCAGGCUUCUCCUUACAGCUCCUACCUGUCUUCUCCUCCUCCUCCUCUUCCUCCUCCUCCCCCUCCGCUGAGCCACAGUGGUCCGUUCCAGCCUGGCAGCUUCUAUUACGGACCCAACCAACCGCUCCAAACCGCAGGGGAGGAUAGAAACAUUGUCACGUCACUGACCAAUUAUAUUGAAGGGGCGUGUCUUUCUAUAAGAGGUGAGGAGCCUGUCUGGAGACCUUACUGA